AUUUUUGUGCUUAUGAUUUAGGGUCACAAACAAUGGGUGGCAGAAGUUCAGUUUCUAAGUGUUGUGGAGCACCCGAAUCUUGUCAAACUAAUAGGAUACUGUGCUGUGGAUGGAGAAAGAGGAAUUCAAAGACUACUCGUCUAUGAAUAUAUGCCAAACAGAAGUUUAGAAGAUCAUCUAUUUAACAGGACAUACCCAACUAUUCCUUGGGAGACAAGAUUACAGAUAAUACUGGGAGCUGCUCAAGGAUUAGCUUAUCUUCAUGAAGGAUUGGAAGUUCAGGUAAUAUAUCGAGAUUUCAAAUGUUCAAAUGUGUUAUUGGAUGAGAAUUUUAAACCGAAGCUUUCAGACUUUGGGCUAGCGAGGGAGGGGCCAAUGCUUGGGCAUACUCAUGUGUCAACUGCAGUAGUGGGAACAUAUGGAUAUGCUGCUCCAGAUUACAUUGCGACGGGCCAUCUGACAACUAAGAGUGAUGUCUGGAGCUUCGGUGUAGUGUUGUAUGAAAUUCUUACAGGCAGGCGAUCAUUAGAGAGAAGCCGGCCAAGAACAGAACAGAAACUCUUAAAUUGGGUGAAACAGUUUCCUCCUGAGAGCAAAAGGUUUGGCUUGAUGAUAGAUCCUCGACUUGGAAGCAGUUAUUUUAGCAGUGCAGCAAGAAAAAUUGCCAAGUUGGCUGAUAGUUGUCUGUCAAAGAGUGCAAAAGACCGGCCAACAAUGAGUCAGGUAGUAGAAACAUUGAAGCAGAUUAUCCAAGACUCAGAAGAAGGAAACCGAUCCGAGAGAAGUCCUGAAUCUUUAGAAAGUGACCAAGUUGACUCUGGGACAAAGGAGGAGCAAUUAGGGGCCUCAGAGUCGUGGAAAAGACGAAUGACUCACCUGGCGAAACUAGGAGAGCAUGUGGAGAGUGCUAGUAGAAGAAGAUUCAUGAUUAUGCAGAGGGCAAAGGUGACUUGACACUAGAUCAUCUACCACGUACUCUUGUAGAGUCUAAUGGCUUCUUUUUUGGGAAAAAAGGGAUGGAACAUGUACUGUAGAAAAGGUUGAAAAGCAUAUGAAAAAUGGAGAAUUUCAUGGAAUCGGUUGGAUUGUUAGACUUGUAAAGUGGUUAAUCAGACAAUUAUAAAAGUUGGGUCUGCGAGAGAAUGAACCUUUUUCCAUUUUAGAUGUUUUGAUGACAAAUUUUAUGCU